CUUGACUGCAAUGACGAGGAAUACUUGGCUCAGGAUGCUGCUGAUGAUUAAGGCUAUGAUCUUGAUGGGGGAACUUGGAAGGGGUCGGCGCUAUCAAGGUGGAUUCUCAAAGCGACGCGGCGACCCCCUUCGUUCCAUGACCCCCCCGCGAAGUAAGCAAGCUCUAAGAUGGAAAGCUUCUGAGAAAAUUGCGCAGUAACAAGGCUCUUACCAUUGAAGAGGCCGCUGCGCGAGCAGAGGCGGCUGUGGAGCAAAGUGUGCGGGGAGGAGACGUAUCACAAACAGCGUUAGCAGCUAGUAAAAAAAGUGUAGCGUUGCCACCACAGGCAGUUGAUGUUGAAGGAGAG